UGAACUCAUGGAGAUCGGCCUAGCUCUGCCUCUCCAGUGCUGGGAGUAAGAUGUGUGAGCCGACUGAUGCCGGCCUUCAGCCCCCAUGUGCUGGACUUUGGAAAGGUGAACAGGAACUUUGCAAGCAGAGACACUGGGUGCUUGGGAGUGAGAACCGGAGGUCGGUGUAGAUCACAGAGAAGCCAUAAGGUGGCGACAAAGCCAGUGUGAGGGGAGUAACCCUGAAAGCUCAUUGGUCCAGAAACAACAGGUGCUGAGGAGGGAAAAAAGAAGCGCGUGCAGCUCAUUGGCAGGAAACUGAGUCGGCAGAGGAAGGACUUGCAUCUCCCCUCAGAACUCAGCUCCUCGCUUCUGAUCCGCUGGACACUGAGGGAGUCUGGUGGAGUCUUGCCUACUGUGAGUUCUGUAACUAAGGACAGUGUACACAGAGAAAGAGGCGUCUCACUUGAGGCCUGAGAAGAACUAUGGACGCUGACCCCAACUCUCACAGGGAUGCUGAGCGGUGCCCCACCAAAUCACCAGCCAUGGAUGGGCAGCAGGGUAUCAUGUACCAGCCUGAAGGCCCGCCUCACACAGUUCCCCAGCAGGAAAACUCCCAAGUGCCUGUGCUGCUAAACUGGCCCACAGCAAUUUUACCUAUGAACAGUACUCCGGUGACUUUGAGUCCUCAAAUGAUGAUUUCGUUCUCAUGUGACCACUGCCAGCCCAUGACUGUGCCCUGCGUGUUCUCGAACGUGCUCUUGCAGCCCUGCAUCAACGCUCCCACUCCUGUACUGCCGGCACAGGUCCUGGUCUCCGGCAUCUGCUUCCAGGGCCCUGAAAAUGCCAACCAGGCUCCUGGCAUCCCCAACCAGAUCAAUGAUGCCUCCAACCAGGGCCCUGAAGUCUACUCCCAGGUCCCUGACACCUCUGGCAGCCUGGUCCCUGAAGUCUACACCCAGGUCUGUGACACCUGCAGCCUGGUUCCUGAAGGCACCACCCAGCUCUCAGAUGCCUCCAACCAGGGUGCCCUCUCUGCUGAAGUGGAUAGGCAGAAGGUACUAGAUGCUGCCGAGGCGCUCCUGAUUCUGCAUAACUCCCCUCAGGCCUGGCAAGACACUUGCAGCACAUCAGGGCCUGAUGGGGAGUGAAGACCACAGCUGACCUGCCUCUCGAAUUCCCCUCAGCCUACACACUCUGCUUCACCGAAUGACAAAUGGACAUCCUGAUACCACCCUACUGGGGCCCCUCUUCAGACAGCUGAAAAGGUGGCCUGCCAAGCACAGAAAACUCUGUUUCUGAAUUUGCCACACCAUUCCCGUCCAAACUGCUAAUUUCUUUUUCUUAUGCCUUUAGGCAUUGUGUGGGCUUUUAAAACCUUAUCUUGAGGUAGGAAAUGACUUAACUGUGGUUGUAUAUUCUGGACCUUGCACCCCCUCCACCCCCCCUUUCGGUGUUCUUGUUUUCUUUCGAUUGUAGGACAUGGAUCUUUGUGUGUGUCAUGAAAGCUGCACUGCGCAACAGACUAUUAAUUAGGUCUGUUGACAAGGUGCUGAGCCCGCAACUAUGGCAUCCCUUUUUGUCUCAGCCUUGUUUGCGUACUUGAAUAAUCCUGCACGUAGCCAUGUCUUUAGAUAUGUCAGGAUGCAUCACCUGCCUCUAGUAAUCUGUGGGUGAACACAAAUAAAGUUUCGGUGUUGUAAAGCACCAAGAAGUAUAGGCUGACUCUUUAAAAUCAAAGGGUAGACCAGAUGUUUGUGAAUACUGCCUUCUUUUCUCAGGUACUAAGCUGGCCAACCGUUUAUUAUUUGUUUUAUUAAGGCACCCACAUCAUCAGGCAUCAGGGAAAAGGCUUUGCCAAAGGUGCUUACCGACUUGAGCCUGUGUAGCAAAACCUCCAACGAGGACUCUCUUCCUGUC